AUCACGACGUCGUUGUCGCUGUCAAUUGUCAAGCUUCCCGAGGAGCUUUGUGCUUUGCUCUUGACCUUGGGAAAUUGCUAUCUUUCUUCAGGGCUACUUCUCUACCCCAUUGGCUCCCUUCCCGACCGUGGCCUUCGACUCUGAAGUUCCUGUGACAUAGCGCUUGCGCCCUUCGCCGGCAUCCAAUCCUGGAUGCUGUGUUAAUAAUUUUUUCUUGAACUACACGGCCCAUCGAGGCAAUCACUGACUGAGCGUGGAAACGUGUCCUUUCGUUAGUGUUACUCGCCAUGGAUCCCUAUGACACCUUUGGAUCGCCUCCUCCGCCGAGCAAAUCCGACACCAGGUGGACGCGCGAUGAAGAGAGUUUCACAUCGCGAUCGGGUGUGGAUUCUUAUCGCAGGAGAUCCCCAGGGGUUUCGCAGGACCGCCGCAGAGUAAGCGGACGCGCAAGAUCCCGUUCUCCCAUCACUAUCGAUCGAUAUCAGCCAGGUGACCGUGUCAACCGUGAUGAAUACUACAGUGCAUCGCGAGAUCACGCUGCCCGUGAUCGUGAAGAGCGCCGGCGCCAUCCCUCGCCAACCGCGGCAAACAUCGACAGAUAUGUCCCUGGACAGGAAACCGGCAGGCCCAUCAUUCGUACCAACCCUCUUCCAAAUCCUCUGACCCUCGAAUAUCAGGUUGGGUUCAAUUGGUUCGCUGAAUGGUGGCGAACUGAGCAGAUUAUAAAAGAAGAGAAAGAACGAGCAAAGCAUGGUGGUCGACGUCCCUCCGACCGUGUCAAAGGGGAGCGCGAGGCCAGAGAGGACCGGGAAAAGGAAAGAGGCCUCAUUCAGACAGCGUACGACGCAUAUAAGUCAGAUUUUCAAGUCAAGACUGCUCGUUCGUUUGUGCAAAGACAUCGAAAUGAGGAGUGGUUCAAAGAGCGAUAUGUCUCUGAGAUUCGAGAUCCCUUCCGUCAGCGUUUGAUGGAGUUUAGGUCCGGAGCAUAUGAUAGAUGGUUGCAAGACCUUGAUUCGGGGCUUUUCGAUGAAUUCACACUCGAAGGAAUUUACAAAAGCGAGAGUGACGGCGCCGGCGGGAUUGUUGAGAAAGAGGAAGGAGAAGCAACCGCAGUGGGUGAAACACUGAGUGUUCUCGACCUCUUACCAACAAGAGGCGGCGACCUUCGGGAUGAAUCGUUAUUACAACCAGCCCUUCUUAUUAAAACAUUGGCCCCCAAUGUCAGUCGUGAAAAGAUUGAAGAGUUUUGCAAGGAGAAUCUUGGGGAAGGAGACGGUGGGUUUAAAUGGCUGAGCUUAAGUGAUCCCAAUCCUUCGAAAAAGUGUCAUCGAAUCGGUUGGAUAAUGCUUCACCCCGCUCCAGAGCCCCAUGCCGUGAUUGAAAGGGGUGAUGGGAGGGAUGAAGAGGGCGAAGAAGCUGAAGCAACCACGGCCUCAAACGGGACUACCGAGAACUCCACCGCAGAAAAGGCGUUGGAUGCUGUGAACGAAAAGACCAUCCAAGACCCUGUUCGUGGAGAUUUCGUGUGCCACGUUGGUGUUCAUGUUCCGCCAGCAAAUCCGAAGAAAAAAGCACUCUGGGAUCUUUUCUCUGCUCCGGAGCGUAUCGAUCGGGAUCUUGAAUUGGUAAAACGCGUCGUGGCAAAGCUGGAUUCUCAGAUGGUUUCUGCCGAUGGUAUUGCCAAAGUUGAGGAGCGCGUUGAAGAUCUUCGUGGAAAGGGAUGGUUGCAACCACCUGUUACUGGACCUGUGAAGGUAAAGAAAUCAAAGUCUUUCGAUCUCGACUCAGAAAUGAUCUUGCUUGAAGACGGAGAGGCAGAAGAGGGAGAAGAACAGGACGAGACAGAUGAUGAUGAGGUUGAUAGUGAGGAUCUCCUUGUCAAAAAGAAAAAGCUGGAUUUAAUGGUGGAAUACUUGAGACGGGUUCACAACUUCUGUUUCUUCUGCGUGUUCGAGAGCGAUUCGGUUCACGAAUUGGUUCGCAAAUGCCCUGGUGGCCAUUUACGUCGGCCUCGGUCUGGAUUGAGUACGCACGCUAAAGCUGCAGCCAAAGCAAGCGCUCUUGGUGCGCCUUAUCCGUCUAAGAAGAAAGAAGAGGUCGAAGAAGGUGAGGCGGAACCGUCCCCAAGUGAAGAGAAAAAGCCACCACGGUUUUCAUCAAAGAGCGAACAACAAAUUUAUCGCGCCUUCAAUUGGGUCAAGACCUUUGAGGAAAAGCUACUUCAAAUCCUAGAACCUGAAAAUGUGGAUCUGAAGAAGCUUGGUGGUAGGCCUGUUGAGGAAGCCCUUGAAGAGGAACUCAACAAAUUUGUCAAGCAGGAGGAUGAAGCGAAAUUCCGUUGCAAGGUUCCCGAGUGUACUAAGCUUUUUAAAGCUCACCAUUUCUGGAGGAAGCACGUCGAGAAGAGGCACCCUGAAUGGUUUAGUGAGAUCCAGAAAGAGCUUACCCUUGUGAAUGCAUAUGUCCUCGAUCCUGCACAUAUUUCUCCGUCACGAUCUGAUGCUGCUAGCAAUGGGCACUUCCCUUUCCCACCGGGCCAUGUACCAGCCGGUACUCCACGUGGAUUUAAUUUUGCAAAUAUGCCGUUUAAUUUCGGUGCAAACGGAUCCAUGGCUGGCAGCGCCUUUCAAGGAAUGCCCUCGUCUUCUACAGGCCUUCCUGGUUUCAUGAAUGCUGGCAGUUGGGCUAGUGGUGGAAUGGCUAUGGCUGGUGCUGCUGGAGGAGCCACUUCAGGCCUUCACAACCCUGGUGUAAUUCGCCGAGGAGGCCGUCACUAUAAUAGAUCCGGUCCGUAUGAUCGUCGAGGGGGUCGAUUUGGCGGAGCUGGCGGCACCGGUCCCGGAAGUAGUGGUCGACUUAGUCCCGUCCGUGGUAUGUUUGGCGCCCCUAACGCCGGAGCUCCUUACGUUCCACCUGGCCAUCCAGCUGCAUUGGCUGCUAUGGGAGGCUUUGGUCCUGGUGGACGAUGGGGGGAUAGUGCUGGCGGUGGUGCUCAGGCUAUGGGGCCACGCGAAGCUGUUCAAGGCCGAAGCCUAAAGAGUUACGAGGAUUUGGACGCUGUGGGUGGUCCUGGCGAUGGAGAAUUGAACUACUAAUCCUUGCAAGAAAGACCCAAAAAACCUGUAACUUUAAUGACCUGGGGUUAUUUUGAUUUUCCUGUUUCUGUGUUGUGUCUUUGCUUUAUUGCUGUGCGCUCUGUCAAAUUGUGAAUUAUGGGCCUGGCUAUCUCUUUGAUAUAUGUUAUGGAGGUCAAAAUGGGAUCUCAAAUGGAUGAAUUUUAACGGUGAUGGCUCCUUUAGUUGCAUGUGAAAUAACCAGUUAAUACAAAGGGAAGACAUUAUCUG